CUAUCGCCCUUUGUCCUCCAGCCUCCCCCGGGCUCUGGGCCUGCGGGCCUGGUUGCUAGGCGGAAGCGGGGCGCGGCGGCGUCCGCUGCGGCUGCCCGGGCGUUUGAAAAGCAGCUUAGCAGGCGGCCAAAGACCCCGCCGCCGCGACCAUGGUCUCCAAGUCCGACCAGCUGCUCAUCGUCGUAUCCAUCCUAGAAGGUCGCCAUUUCCCCAAACGUCCAAAGCAUAUGCUUGUGGUAGAAGCCAAGUUCGAUGGAGAGCAGCUGGCUACUGAUCCUGUCGACCACACUGACCAGCCCGAGUUUGCUACCGAGUUAGCCUGGGAAAUUGACAGGAAAGUGCUUCAUCAGCACAGGUUACAGCGCACGCCUAUCAAACUCCAGUGCUUCGCCUUGGAUCCUCUGUCUUCUGCCAAGGAAACCAUAGGCUACAUUGUGUUGGACUUAAGAACUGCUCAGGAAACAAAGCAGGCACCUAAGUGGUACCAGUUGCUGAGUAACAAAUACACCAAGUUCAAGUCUGAAAUACAGAUCAGUAUCACUUUGGAAACAGAUGCAAAGGCACAGGUGGAUAGUUUUAAAGCCAAAGGAGCCCCUCCUCGGGAUGGAAAAGUUCCUGCUAGCCUGUCUGGAGUUGACCCGAAGGACAUUGUUGCAGUGUUGAAUGAGGAGGGAGGCUACCAUCAGAUUGGUCCGGCAGAGCAUUGUACUGACCCCUUUAUUCUGUCAGUCACCAUAGCAUUUGCCACCCAGUUGGAACAGUUAAUUCCCUGUACCAUGAAGCUUCCAGAAAGGCAGCCCGAGUUUUUCUUUUACUAUUCUCUACUGGGAAAUGAUGUUACAAAUGAGCCUUUCAAUGAUUUGAUCAACCCAAACUUUGAGCCCGAGAGAGCGUCUGUUCGCAUACGUAGCAGUGUGGAGGUUCUGCGUGUGUACCUGGCUUUCCAUUCUAAACUGCAGAUCCAUCUCUGCUGUGGAGACCAAUCACUUGGCAGCACAGAAAUCCCGUUAAAUGGAUUGCUGAAGAAGGGCAGUACAGAAAUUAACCAGCAUCCGGUCACAGUCGAGGGUGCUUUCACCCUUGAUCCUCCCAACCGAGCCAAGCAGAAGCUGGCCCCUGUCCCCCUGGAGCUGGCCCCCACCGUGGGAGUGUCAGUUUCUCUGCAGAGAGAAGGCAUCGAUUCCCAGUCUUUAAUUGAAUUAAAGACCCAGAAUGGACAUGAGCCUGAGCAUUCAAAGAAGAGAGUUUUAACCCCCAUAAAGGAGAAGACACUCACUGGAGCAAAGUCACCAAAUGUGUCCCCUGUCCAACCUCAAACCCAGACACCGCCAACCAAAGAUGAUGCAACAGAAAGUGAAGUGGAGAGCCUGCAGUACGACAAGGAUCCAAAACAAAAUGUGAAGGGUAUUAGUUCCAUACCUGCUUCACUGGCGCAGCCAGUGGCCCCCUCCAAUGCGUCAGAAGUGGUGACCUCAGGACAGAAGAUCGCCGUUCCAGCAACAUCACAUCACUUUUGCUUUUCAAUAGACUUAAGAAGCAUCCAUGGCUUGGAAAUUAGUUUUCCAGUCAAUUGCAUAUUGAGGUACUCCUACCCAUUCUUUGGUAGUGCGGCUCCUAUUAUGACUAACCCUCCUGUAGAAGUUCGGAAAAACAUGGAAGUUUUUCUUCCCCAGUCUUACUGUGCAUUUGAUUUUGCAACCAUGCCUCACCAGCUGCAAGACACUUUCCUAAGGAUCCCACUGCUGGUUGAAUUAUGGCACAAGGAUAAAAUGAGUAAAGACUUACUCCUUGGGAUUGCAAGAAUCCAGCUUUCUAACAUCUUGUCUGCAGAAAAGACCCGGUUUUUGGGUGCUAAUGGUGAACAGUGUUGGCGGCAGACUUACAGUGAGAGCGUGCCUGUCAUGGCAGCACAGGGGUCGAAUAACCGGAUAGUAGAUCUUUCUUACACGAUGACUCUGGAAGACUAUGGACUAGUGAAAAUGCGUGAGAUCUUUGUGUCUGACUCAUCUCAGGGUCUGUCUGCUGUGCAGCAGAAGCCAUCUUCUCCUCCUCCGGCUCCUUGUCCUUCUGAGGUCCAGAUGGAGCCUCGUGAGACCUUAGAGUACAAGGCUGCGCUUGAGCUGGAGAUGUGGAAAGAGAUGCAGGAAGACAUAUUUGAAAGUCAGCUGAAGCAGAAAGAAUUGGCUCACAUGCAAGCUCUUGCAGAAGAAUGGAAAAAAAGGGACCGGGAAAGAGAGUCACUAGUGAAGAAAAAGGUAGCUGAAUACAGUAUUCUAGAAGGCAGACUUCAGAAAGCCUUAACUGAGCUCGAGACCCGAGAGCAGCAGCUUGCCAGUGCGGAAGUGGAGCUUCAAAGAGAGAGGAAGGAACUGCAGUCAGAACGGGAGCGGAACCUGCAGGAACUUCAGGACUCUGUCCGCAGGGCCAGAGACGACUGUAUUCACCAGGUGGAGCUGGAGAGGCUGAAGUUGAAGCAGCUGGAAGAGGACAAGCACCGCCUCCAGCAGCAGCUUAAUGAUGCUGAAAACAAGUAUAAGGUGUUAGAAAAAGAGUUCCACCAGUUCAAGGAUCAACAAAGCAACAAUCCAGAAAUACGGCUGCAGUCGGAAAUAAAUCUCCUCACCUUGGAAAAGGUUGAACUUGAAAGAAAGUUGGAAUCUGCAACCAAGUCUAAACUACAUUACAAGCAGCAGUGGGGACGAGCUUUGAAAGAACUUGCCAGACUCAAGCAGAAGGAGCAAGAAAGUCAAAUGGCUCGCCUUAAAAAGCAGCAAGAGGAGUUGGAGCAGAUGCGCCUGCGUUACCUGGCUGCCGAGGAGAAGGAGACAGUAAAAACUGAGCAACAGGAACUGCUGGACAUACGGAACGAACUGAACAGGUUAAGGCAGCAAGAACAGAAGCAGUACCAGGACUGCAGAGAGAUAGCAGCUGGGCCGCUGGGCAGCCCGCGGGCCUCUGCGCUGGAGGAAGGCCUGGAUGACUGUCUGACCCGGCUGAUAGAGGAAAGGGACACUCUGAUGAGAACCGGCGUGUAUAACCACGAAGACCGAAUAAUAAGUGAGCUAGACCGGCAGAUCAGAGAGGUUUUGGCAAAAAACAUUGCCAGUAAUUAGUAAUUAGUAAU